UACGCCGGUCUUUUAGUUUAACUUAAAUUCAGAAAUUUAAUAAUGUGUGCGUCUUGCAUUAUAUAAAGUAAAUAAUAAAUAUUAAUAAUUAAUAAAACUAGAAUUGUAUAAAUAAAUAAUUUAAAGUAAAUAAAUAUAAAGCGUAAAGUAUUCUAAUAACUAAUCUAACAUAAUUUCUAAACGCACACAAUUAGUCAUCCGCACUGCGUAUUAGACACGUAUGCGGUUACCGAUCCAACGUCACUUCCCUACUUACCGCGACGCAAGAACCAUUGUCGGGUCUAAUUGUACAAGCGCUAAUUAUUUGCUAAUUUAAAAUAUAGCACUACAACUGAAGUCAACCCAAAUCUUUUAUUUUGUUCCCAUCGUGAACAAAAAGUGGCGACCGUGACAGGACCUGCUGUCUAUUCGGUCUGAUUGCUGAGCACAGGUCCACGUUCCCGCCCAAGCCAAGCAGAGGUCAUCGCCACGUGUCACACCUUGGAGCUGGUCUAAGAAGACUACGGGUCAUCCCACUUCAGCCAGCGCCGAGCCUACCCCGUGCCGUGCAGCCGCGACCCGCGCCCACUCCGGGAACGAACCCGGGACUCCGCCUACGUGAGCAGCAGCCAGCCCCAGAGCCGCGCCGCCGUGCCCCGCGCCGCCCGCCGCGACGCACCGCCGCCGCCACCGCCGCCGCCGCCUGCCUGCCCUUCUAACUGUGAGCCCGUUCCUAUUAUUUCCUACCUUUCCUAUUUGAUUCGUGCAUUUAUUGAAGCUUGUUCUCGAAAUACUGAGUGAUCUAGACCUAGAUAUCCUAGUCGCCUUGCGAUAUAUCUAGCUAAACGUGCCUUCUAUCCGCUUAAGCUACGCAUUUAAACGCAAGUUCAUAAGCUUAUAAAUUCCUAAGGCUUGUUACGUCAUCUCAUUCUACGUCAUCGAGUCUAUUUGCAAGUCAUCGCCUAAACAAAGCACUUAUCUUUCACAAAGGCCUAAUCUUACUAGUAAACUAAACUAUUCUCAAUAUAAUCAUUAUAAAAAGCCAAUAAAUACUUACGUAUUAUUACGCAACUACAUUUCAUCCCAAUUUUGCAUUCCAAUUCCAAGUCAUUGUACAACUAAACUGUAUCCACCUAUCGUAAUUAUUAUUGCUGCGGAUAUCUACGCUUUUGCAAACAAUUAAACCUAAACAUUAAACACUGCCUAAUUAAAUACACUUAUUCCUAGCGUUUCUAAUAACUUCACUUGCUUACAUCUCGCCUGCAAUUAUCUGUGUUCCCUAGCUUCCAACUAAAACAUAACUUUUAUAAUCAGCUGCUAAACACAACGAACGUCUCAAUUCCAGCGGACUGUGUGGUGCAUUCCAAGCGCGGAGACACCGUGUUCACUGCGCGAGCGCAUAGUCACCGACUGCUGGUGUCGAGCGGCCGCUGCCUGCGCGCGCCGUGCGCCUGGCGACGAACCGGUUCUGCUAUCGGCCAGCGCUGCCCAGCGACAACGAAGUGAGGAGCGUAUCGUUCAACUUUUGUUAUUAUUCAUAACUAACAUCAGCUGAUCUAUACCGUUAAGUUCAUCGCACGCUUGCAAUCAUGGAGGACAAAUUAAAGGAAUUGCUAAUUAAACGUAGUUCUAUUCGAGGACGCGUUACUAAAUUUAAGAACAGUGUCGAUUUGCUAACUACCGAAUCCAUUUCCUCCAUCGAACUAAGUAAGCUUUCGAUGAAAAUAACGAAAUUUGAGGCGUUAUUCAAUGAGUUCGACGAGUUGCAGGGUGAAAUCGAGAUUUUAAAUGAGUUAAAUCUCUCCUCUGAGUUAGCUACCAGAGAUUUAAUUGAGCAAGAUUUUUAUCAGGCCAUCGCUGUUGCGCAAAAUAUUGUUCAGACCAAGUCGCCUUCUAAGCAGGAGGACAACGUAAGCAACCCAUCAUGUUCCGCCAAUUCCCAGUGUCAUCACCAACCGGAUGAGACACUAGGUUUCAAAUUACCUAUAAUUAAAAUCCCAAAUUUUGACGGGACAUACUAUAAAUGGAUGGAGUUCAAGGAGACCUUUACCUCAUUAAUUCAUGAUAAUGAAAAAAUCAAAAACAUACAUAAAUUUCAUUAUCUUAACUCCUACUUAGAAGGCGAGGCCUCUCGAGUUAUCUGCAAUUUAGAGGUGAAUGACCUAAAUUACGUCAAGGCUUGGCAACUCCUGUGCGAACGAUUUGACAACAAGCGGCAACUAAUUAAUAACCACCUAAAGUCACUUCUGAGCUUCGAGUCAGUGCGAGAGACCGAUAAGUCAUUAAGGUUUAUUAUUGAUCAUGUUUCAAAAAACUUACGGGCUCUCAGCACUCUCGGCCUACCUACAGACAAGUGGGAUAUGCUAAUUAUAUUUAUGGUCUCAGCAAAAUUAGAUCCCAGUACAUUUUUUAAGUGGGAGGAAAACAGGAACACUCUGCCAGAUAUUCCCACACUAGAACAAUUUUUCCAAUUUCUGAAGAACCGUGCCGAUGUUCUCGAAACCGUGCAGCGUAGUCGGCAGCAUGAUAGGUCUAAACCUAAUAACAAUCAUAAUUUCAAUUCCCAAAAUAGGGCUCAAACCAAAGCCAUGGUAGUGACUUCUAAAGAAGCUCCAUCUUCCCCACCUAAAUUUCAUUUUGAAUGUGUCGAAUGCAAAGCUAAUCAUCGUCUGUAUGAAUGCCCCACAUUUAAGUCUAAGAAACCGGAGGAGAGAAUGAGUUUAGUCACUGCACUAAAAUUAUGCACUAAUUGUUUAAGAGGAGGUCACAAUUCACGCUAUUGUAAGUUACCAGGCUCGUGUCGUUUGUGUAAACAAAAACAUAAUUCGUUACUUCACCAAUCAAAUGAAGUCUCCGACUCUAAUCAGUCAAGCUCCCUAACAAUGUCGGCGCAGUCUUCGACAGAAGUACUGUUGUGCACUGCCAUGGUUAAAUUAAUAAAUCCUGCGACAAACCAAUCAAUCAAGGUUCGAGCUUUACUGGACAGCGGCAGCCAGAGUUCCUUUAUUACCGAAGCUGUAAAAAAUAAACUAAGUUUGACCCCUCAGCCGUCUAACACCAACAUUGUAGGUAUUGGAAACACCCCAAUUAAUUUAAAAACGGAGCGUUGUGCACUCCAACUACAGUCCAAUGACUCAUCCUAUGACGUCAAAAUGACGUGCCUAAUAAUGCCUAAGAUUUCAGAUAAUUUACCUAAAGUUGCAUUCGAUAUUAGGCAUCUAAAUUUAUCUGACUUUUCAUUAGCCGACCCCAGCUUCAAUGAGCCAUCCCCUAUUGAAAUGCUUAUAGGUGCUGACCUAUUUUGGGACAUAAUAGGGUCUCAACAGCACUCGUUAGGCGAGAAAAACCCAAUUUUAAGAAGUUCCAAGUUUGGCUGGCUCAUCGCAGGUCCUAUAAUAACUAAAACUAUACCUACUAAAAAUAAUAAAAAUUCAAAUAAAAACAUAUUGUGUCGCUCAGUAGGCGAAGAAUGCAGUGACCCCUCUAUCAAGUCCAUCAUUCAGAGAGACUUGUACUGCGACGAUUUAUUAACAGGUGCAGAUUCAGAGGAGCAGCUUCGUUACAUUCAGCGCUCAGUAUCCAGCGAACUUGCCAAGGGUUGUUUCAACUUGCGAAAGUACCGGUCUAACCUAACUAAUCUUUUCUCCGGCAACGAGGAGCUAGAGAAAGAUAAUCUCCUAAUCAGCAACUCUACCAGUUCUAUGGACUCUCAAAGUUGA